AUGCAGGUUUCGUCAAGCAAAAACAAAGCAAAAAACAAACAGUCAAAGGUGUCAAAACCGAAAGUUGUCUCUACACAGAUAACGAAUAAAGACAGUACUACUUCGAAGGAAUCAGUAUGUGUUCCGCAACAGCGUGCAGAAGUUGAUUUACCAAGAAGUGGUACUAUAGUGCAGCCUUUCAAAGUCAAAAGAGAAAGAGCUAAUAAGGAGGAUCUUUUUGAUGUCCUUGAGACGGAAAAACCUGCAAAAAAGAGAAAGUCUUCUAUACUAAAGCCUGGGUCCACUCAGGCUGCUGAUAUUGGUCAAUGGGUUCGAUGUAUUAUUACGCGAUUGGAAAGUAGUGAUGAUAAAAUAAAAAAUAAGCAAAUUGAACUAAGUUUAAUUCCGAAACUUGUUAAUUGUGAUAUUGUCUCUACCGACAUUUCUAAAGGCAUGAUAUUAUCCGCGUCCGUUGAAAGUAGAGAAGACCAUGGUUAUGUUCUCUCAAUUGGAAUGAGUGGGAUGAAUGUUUUUUUGCACAAUAAAGAAGCUUCAAACUAUGAAUCAAAGUUCAACGAUGGUCGUCCACUUAUUGUGGGUCAGUUAUUAAAUGUUUGUGUCAUAAGCACAGCUGAUAAAAAUCUGAUAAUUCAAGUAACUGCCAAUCCGGAUGUUGUUUCAACCGCGACUUUAUCUGAUAAAUUUGUAAAAAAUAUAAGUUCUCUUGCUCCUGGAAAUUUGAUCAAGGUGCGCAUUGAUCAAGUACUCACUAAUGGCUUAGUAUGUAAAUACAACGGAAUAAAGUGUGAAGUUGAUUUAUUACACCUUGGGAAAGUAGCGACUUCAAAUACUCAGGAUCUACAUAAAGUCUUUAAUGAAGGUGACGAAAUCACUGCAAGAAUUGUUUAUAUAUCAUUCUCAAAUGAAGCAAAAACUAUUAGAUUGUCCCUUGAACCACAUGUUCUUCAACUUGAACCAUCUAGAAAUGUAUUUCCGAUUGGUGUUCAACUAGGAGAGCUGGUCAAGAGCAAUAUAAUAAGAGUUAAAGAAGAGAUUAUAACAUUGUCUUUGGAACCUUCACAAAUUCAUGCUAAUCUCAAUAUAGGACAUUUAUCUGAUCACUU